GCCAGGCUGAUCUUGAACUCCUGACCUCAGGUGAUCUGCCCGCUUCGGCCUCCCAAAGUGCGGGAUUACAGGCGUGAGUCACCGUGCCCGGUCUUAAGUAUGUUUUUCGAAGGAAGGAUAUUCAUGGAGACAAUUGUCAUCCUUUAAAUAUUUGAUAUGCGUUUGAGCCAGUCACAGAUAGCUGUUAAUGUGUAAAUCCUGAUAACAGGCUUCUAAUGUCACCAUUUCAGUUUGCUGGGCAGCAAAACAAAAAUAGCAUUAAUUUGUGUUAUAUGGCAACUAAUGCACAAUAAUGAAUGAAUAUCUUAAGUAUUAGGGAGAAUCCUGGUUAGAAAGUUGAUAAAGUGAAUUCAAACUCCCUUUUCAAGAACUUGAAAGGGAGGGGUGGUUUUCCAAGAUGAAGACUUAGGUUUGAGUAUCUCCCUUUGCCUGAAUUUGCUUUUAUGUGAAAAUAGAGAGUUGGAUUCUAUCUAUUCCCCUUUAACUCUAAAAUUAUAUUAUUCCAGCAGUUUUACUUAACAAGAGUUGACUGUUACACAAAUGGUUUGUGCUAAUAUUAGCAAUAAACACCUUUUUAAAACCCUGCUUUUACCCAUGCUCUGAGGCAUGCUCGAAAGUUCAUUUGACUUCUAAUAAUGGAUGUGCAAAUAUGUUGAGUGAUCACUUCCACAAUGGCCCUGUUCCUUUAAGAGACCACGGUUGUUAAGUUAGGAGAUCAUUGAACCAUAUGAGGGUCAAUAAAAGAAUAAAAAGUCACUGGUUAGCGAUCCGAGGACAAGGAACUUGAUCCCAGUUCAGUAUCUGUAGGUCCGUAUGCUGCCCACAGUCAAAGAGGGAGUCCCACGUCCUUGGCAGCUUGCCUUUCCUCGGGAUGGCUUCUGGAAGGCUCAUUAAGUUUGUGGUUUUUGAGCUCCUAGAGUUUGCCGCUUUCUCCAUCCCCACACUGGUGAUCACGGAACAGUUUGCCACCGCCUACCAGGGAGCAACGGGUAGAUCUGAUAACACACCUUACUGGCUGAUCGUCUCCUGUGCUAUUGCCUAUGUUGCGUUAGUGACUCUACUGAUCUGGGUUCCUGUGAAAGUUCUCCUGCACAAGAAAUGUUAUAUUUACAGAAAAAUUAAAGGAUGGAGACCUGUUCUGAUGAUGUGUGUGGUCCUUACCACACUGCCCUGCCUCACCUUUUCCAUAGCAGUGACUGAGGUUCCAAAGAGCAUUAAUGGGUCCUCUGAUGUCUUACCUGAUAUAUUACCUGACCUACCCGUGUCUCUGGUUCUGUUAUCCCUGAUCGUGGUUGAUAUUAUUGAAAAACUCAGGAUAUAUCCUCUUAGAGGGAGUCAAAAGAGUAGCCAAAAUGGGCACACCCAUUCAAGCUCUUUGCAACACAUAAAAACGGUGACGGAGCAAGUGAGGCAAAGUCAAGAAAAUGCUGCAUCUCCCCAGGCAACCAACAGCACCCAGUUGUCGCAGCCAUCAGGAGCCAUGACAUGGAGCCAGGUGUCUGUGUUCAUGGGACCCCAGGAGCCCUCCUGUGACUCUGGAAUCCUGAAAACAAUGUCCCGACGAGAUAUCCGGGCAGAAUUAUUCUUAUGGAGCUUUCUCCUGUGGUCUGACACGAUAGAAAUGGUGCGUGUGGCUGGUCACCCCAAAGUGUACAAGUCAAGCUGGCUAUACCCAGUCUACAUAUUCAGUUUUAUUUCUCUCCUUCGAAUUACAUUCACUCCCCAAAACCCUCUUCUCAAUUCCCUGAGCAUCCUUCUGCAAGAUUUACCAUUUGUUUUUGUUAGACUUGGUUUAAUCAUUGCCCUGGGGACUAUCACACCUGUGCUGGGCCUGUGUAAAAAUAUCCUCGUGACUCUCUCUUACAUUUACUUCAAUUACCUAACCAGACUCAGGUUUUUUUCUGCCUUUGAAAUGUCUCCAUUUUAAAAAGAAAAUGGGAUCUAGUAAGGCCUCUUUGUGAUACCUGUGUGCACAUUUGUAAUCCUUCUUUUUUUCUUGGGGUGUAGGUUUUUGCACUAUAAAGGAAAUGACUAGAUUGUAGAGAAUAAGCCAUUUUUACUAACUCUAGUAUAUCAGUUUGUUUUUUUGUUGUUGUUGUUGUUGUUGUUGUUGUUUUACAUAUACAAAAGGUGCUAAAUUUAAAGUAAUAUUCUUGUAAGUUGGCUUUCAGGUAUUUCUAGAAAGGGUGAGCAGUUAAUUUUAGUUAGUUAGGUAUACUGAGGUCCCCAAGCCCUGGAACAUGGUCCCAGUACCUGUCCCUGGUCUGUUAGGAAGCAGCCUGCACAGCACGUGGUGAGCCUCGAACUGAACGUUCCCGCCUGAACUCCACCUCCUGUCAGAUCAGCAGCGGCAUUAGAUCCUCAUACGAGCCCAAACCCUGUUGUGAACUGCAUAUGCGAGGGAUCUAGCUUGCGCUCCUUAUGAGAAUUUAAUGCCUGAUGGUCUGAGGUGGAACAGUUUCAUCCCAGAACCCACCCUCACCCCCACCCCCAACCGUGGAAAAAUUGUCUUCCACAAAACUGGUCCCUGGUGCCAAAAAGGUUGGGGACCACUGAUGUACACCACACUUUUUCUAAGAAUACUCUUUAAUAGAGCCUUUUAAAAAACUAAGAAGCUUUUCCAUCAAGUUAGCCCAAGAAUAAGAUUUUUAUCUUUUAUAUAGAGAGGAUUAUAUGAAUUGAUUGAGUAAAUUUAGUUUUAAAGAACACACCUGAAAUUAUUGAAUAAUUUUUAGACUAAGCUUUUUUUUUUGAGACAAUGUCUUG